AUGGAUAUACAGACAGCGCGAGGAGACUUCAUUGAACAUGCAGAGUUUUCAGGCAACAAAUAUGGUACCUCUAUUGCAGAAGUACAACGUAUAGCCUCUCUGGGUAAGAUAUGUUUACUAGAGAUUGACUUAGUCGGCGUCAACACUCUGGAGCGGCGUCUUCAGCGGGCGCAGGAGGAGCUGCAGGCGGCGCAGCAAAUGUCUUGGGACCUUCAGCUCGUCAACGAUACAGAAGAAGAAGCAUGGAAGGAGCUGCGGGAUGCUGUUGGCCGGUGGUUCUGUCUCCCCCUAGAGACAAAAGAAUAG